CGUCGGUUCAGUGUCUUGGGGCCUCCGUCUGGAAGCGGACGCAGUAGCAGAAAGUAGUUGGUGCAGCUUGGCGGAAGUGGGCCAGCGCAUUAACAUAGCAGAGUGACCUUUGUGGAACCACCGACCUCCCAAGUGCAAGUUGAAUAGGGCCCAAGCAGAGAAAAUAAUUAAUACCAUUUCGACACAAGUCGCCCGAGAAACAGUACGUUCCCUGCAAUGCUGGCGAGGAUAUUGGUGCUUCUCCUGCUGGUGACAGGUCACGCCUGGGGCCAGGACAGCCUGGCCAGGGUGGAGAACGACCUGUUGCACUUCUCCUACAAGCUGGAACAGUAUCUGGACCCCAGCAAGCAGCCGUGUCAGGAUUUCUACGGCUACGUGUGCUCCCGCAGCGCCAAUCUCACGCAGACGGGAGUGCAACGCUUCCAGAGCUUCCUCAAAGAGGCAGAUGACGGACAGCUAAUGGACAUGGAACUGCAAUUGGUUAACUUCUUCAAGUCCUGCGAAAGCGCACGCGGCAUUGACGCCCUCAAAAGUUCCCAGCUCUUCCGGCUAAGCGGUGGCUGGCCGGCCUUGGAGAUGGUCAGGAUGAAUGCCACUCAGCGGAAUAACCAGACUCUGAACUGGCUGGGGCUGCUUGGUCACUUCCAUGAAGUAGGGGCAUCCUAUUUCUUCGAGACAGUGGUGGGCAUGCAGUCCAACAAGAGGCAGUUCAUCCUACAGCCCGACCUGACGCGGCGUCACACUCUACGGAAGUUCGAGCAGCGCGUGGGCGAGGUCUUCAAGCUCUUCGGGAUCGAGCAGAGCCGCGCCCACGUGGCCGCCCUCGAGGUGCUCAGCCUGGAGCGGAGUCGGCGGGACAUUGUCAAGACGGAACACAUAGAGGAUCAGGUGCAGUUUACCUACGGCAACUUCAAGCGCAGCGCCUUCGGACACGCCUCCCUGGGUGGUCUGAACUGGGAUGGAUAUUUCAGGAAGCUGCUGGGCGGCAAGGCGCCACAGGCCAGUGACACGAUCGUGGUCAAGCAGUUGCCCCGAAUGGUAGACUACUUCCUGCUACUUCAGAAUACCAGCAUGCACCGGCUGCUCAAUUGGAUGUGGACGGACUAUUUGAUGGACAUCGUGGACACGGACUGCCAUCAGCUGGCGGAGACCUAUGCCGGUGACGUCUACGCCCACGUCGUGCAGCGACUCACUGCGGAUCGAGUGGAACUAACCAAGAUGUACUCAGCUCUGGGCAAGGCCUACACGGAGCAGCUGGCCGGCAGUGUCUGGAUCGACGAGAUCUCGCAGCAGAGCUCAAAACAGUUCCUGGGCCACGUCAUGCACCUGACCCUCAAUGGAGACGAACGACUGGACGCCGCUUACCACGACAUUGUGCUGGGAAGGCGCAGCUUUUAUCGCAAUCUGGAGAAGCUGCGCCGUUUCCAAAACCGGCGCCAGCCGCCAUCUCAGUCCUCCCAGCAGCUGCGUCAGUACGCCCAGGUCUUCUCCACCAUCAACGCCCUGCUAGGCAGGCAGAACCUGAGCACCCCGCUCAACUACCUGCUCCUGGGCGAGUACUUCUCGCGGAGCCUGGUGGCCGCCGGGAGCAGCACCAGGACGCCAGGAGCCUGGCGCAGCCAGGACUCGGAGCGAAGAUUCAGUGCCUUCCAAGAGUGCGCUGGCAGCCAGGUGAAUGCCAACGACUUGCUCCUCGGCCUGUUGGCCCAGCAGCAGACACUCAGUUGCUACAAACAGUGGCUAGCCAACCCGACACGAGCUGCUCUGCAGCAGAGGAUCGACGGACUCCUGGCCGUUGGACGGGCCAAGAUGUCCCUGCAGAGGCUCUACUUCGUCGGCAGCCUGAUUGUGGACUGUCGCUCCCAGUUGGGCUCACUGCAGCAGGAACGCAAGCGGCAACUAACUCAUGUUCUGCUCCGCAACUCACGCGACUUUGCCGAAGCGUUCCAGUGCAGUCCAGGCGACACCCUUCUCCCUCAACUGGAGCAGCCGCCCUGCAAUCCGCUCUAGAUUUGGCCAAGAACGAGGCUGUUUCGGACCUUGAAUUCCCCGCUGCUGCUGCUACUGCCGCUGCUGUUGGUUAAAAAUCGAUAAGCGCGGCCUGCAACCCCCACUUCGAUUGAUUUUUCUCGGCCCAGUUGCGGCUGCCACUGCAAAGUGCAGUGUCAGUUGCAGUGGGCCAGCAUAUGCUUACGGAUAGAUUACGUAUACGCACGAGCGCGGGUGUAAAAUAAAAUGAA